AUGAACAGUCAUCGCAAAUUGACUCUUUAUGAAUAUCAAACAAAAUAGAGAUAAAUCCACGAACACAAAAGUCCCAAAUCCAAUAAAUUUCUUACUCCUUAAAAAAAGAUGAAUAUACUUAUUCCCAAGAUACAUUUGACUUGCAAACAGCUCUAACCAAAACUAUUUUCAGAUAGAUCCACUUAUUCCUAUCAAAAUUUGAAUCUUCCUUUCACUUAAAAUAUGACCAAGCUGACUAAACUGCAAUCUUUGGAAGAAGAGUCUAAACAUUUCGAAACCAAGAACUAUCAUCUGACAAUUGAAUAAAAAAGUCCAAAACAAGAGGGAAUAGAAAAACUUAGGACUUAAUUGAACGAACAAUUUUUAAAGGAAAGCUCAUUUAAUAGAGCAGGAGCUUGUCUCUAAUUUCUUGAACCUUCACUGGUUCAUAAUAUGUGUAAUUAUAUCAUAUUGAAUUUAGUAAACCUUUCACCUAAAGCAAAGGUAAAUUCGAACCUUCGUGCUUCGGUUUCUUCGCGAGAUUAAAAUGGUAACACAGCUCUUCAUUACGCUGCCAGAAAUGGAAAUACCCAUCUUGUACAAGCUCUCCUGUACAAAGAUAUACAAAUAGAUUCAUAGAAUGAAGAUAAAAUGACACCACUUUUAUUGAGUGCUUAUUAGUACUAGUUUAUAUAUAUUAUCUUAGUGGAAAAAUUGAAACCUUAUAAAUAUUGGUCAAUUUGGGAGCUAACAUCAACCAUCAAGAUAUUCAUGGCAACUCCUCUCUGCAUUAUGCAUGCAAAUUUAAUUUUAAGUAGAUUGUUGAAUUUUUACUUUAAAAACCGCAUCUUAUCCUAUUGCAAAAUCAAGAGUCAAAAUAUCCAGAUUACUACAUUGAGGAUCCAGAGAUCGCCUAGAUAUUUGCAGACCAUUUGGAAUAGACAAAUGGUAAAACUAUAAAAAUACGUUUAGAAAAACGAAUGAAAGAAGUUAUAAUUUAAACUACUUAAACCGAAACAAUAUUAAAAAUGUUUUAAAGAAAAAAUAUUAAAUAGAUAAAAAAUUUAAUUUAAAAAUGCAAGUCUUCAAACAACCUAGAGAUAAUAUAGGACUCAACCCCAAGAAUAAAAUAAUUAUAAACAACCUUAUAAUAACUGGAAUAAUUUAAAAAUUAAAAGCGGAUAUUCAACAAACAACAAACUAUCUCAACCAAUUACUCUGAAUCUUGUAAAAACUUAAAGGAGGAUGAAGUAUCACUAUCAUAGUUUUAAAUCUUGGGUUUAAUUGGAAAAGGGAGUUUCGGUCAAGUCUAUCUAGUGAAGAGAUUCAAUUAAUUAUAUGCAAUGAAAGUAUUAGACAAGAUCAUGGUAUUAAGUAAAUCUAUGUAAUAAACCUAUUAUAGAACACAAUUUAUUUCCCUAUGCUUAAACUGAAAGAAAUGUCUUAUCCAUGACUUCGCAUCCCUUUAUAGUAAAGUUAAGAUACGCCUUUCAAACACCAGAUAAAUUGAUUAUGAUGCUGGAUUAUUGUCCAGGUGGAGACUUGGGAUAGCUUUUGGAAGAAGAAUAAAGACUUCCAGAAGAAUAAGUCAAAAAUUACAUCUGCGAGAUAAUCCUUGCUUUGGAAGAUUUACACUAAAGAGACAUUAUUUAUAGAGAUCUUAAACCAGAAAAUAUAGUUAUUGAUGCUGAUGGACAUGCUAUUCUUACUGAUUUUGGACUUUCAAAGGAGGGCAUAUUUCAUGCUAAUCAAGGAGCAAGAUCAUUUUGCGGAUCGGUUGCUUACUUAGCCCCUGAAAUGCUUAAACGAAAAGGCCAUGGAAAAGCAGUAGAUUGGUAUUUACUUGGAGUGGUCAUGUAUGAAAUGUUAGUGGGAGUACCUCCUUAUUAUGAUAAUGAAAAAGAUCAGCUCUUUAACAAUAUUGAGAAUGCUACCCUUAAAAUUCCUUCGUUCAUUUCACCUUAAGGCAGAAACUUAAUAAAAUAAGUAAAUAUUAUUUUGCUAAAUAGCUUCUCUAAAGAAAUCCUCUCAAAAGAUUGGGCUCAGGAGUUGGUGAUUCUUUGGAAAUCAAACAACAUCCAUACUUUCAAGAUGUUGAUUGGGAAAAAGUCAAAAACAAAGAAUUGGAACUUCCUAAACCAACCAGAAAAAUAAAGAUUGAUACAUAAAUUGGCUAGAAUCUUUUUGAAAAUGAACAUCAGGAGCUGUCCUCUCAUAUUCAUGGAUGGUCCUAUGUUCAUGCAGACUUUUGA